UAGAAGGCAACUGCUCAGGGGCAUCAUCUCCCACUGCUCACAUCCGACGACUGCUCAGAUCCCAACCUCCCUCUCCAUCUCCACUAUUUCUUUCUCCUCCUUCUCUCUCUCCCUCUCUGCAACAGUAGCAGAGUCUCUCUCUCUCUCCCUCUCUCCCUCUCUCUCUCUGAAUCACACUACUGCCAGAUGUGGAUUCAUGUCACACUGGGCAAAGACUUUUUCUGAAUGCGAGCUUGGGUGGUGUUCAUUACUAGGGAUUCGUGUACCAGAAUCUCCUACUUGGGGAUUGCUCCCCUCAACCUGUUGAGUAAGUUAAAUAAUUUAAGGUGGUACAUGGCAGGUUCUGAUUAGAUGUAAGGGAAAAGAUAGCUCGCUUCCCCUCCCCUCUCUUUCUCUGUCUUCUCUGUUGCAUCUCUGCUUUUUCUACAGGAUACGGCCCUGCAGGACUAAAAUUAUUAGCAGGUCUGCCAGGCCCCAUUUUCCUCUCUCUACCACUGUUUCUCUCUCUGUAGUACAACUUCCACUGCCCACCCAAUCGGAAGAUUUGCUGUGUCGUGUCUUUGAUUUCUUGUUUAGUUUAGUGUAUUGGGGGUGCGCCAAUUUUAAAAGGAGGAGGGAUUGGUGAUGAUUAUUAUAUACACUGCUACAUAUUAUUUUCUUCAGCAGCAAAGGAAAGCAAUAAAAUCUGCAUGUAUCUGCCUACAUGGUGCCAUUUCAUAGGAGUUAGAUCGAAGUGGGGAAUAAGAGCGCAGACCUCCCGCAUCUAGCCGUGGUUGACAUUUGGGUGUCGGUCAAGAUACCCAAGAGACAUGCGCCCUUCCAUUAUCAGAAAUGGAUGGUCCUAGCAUCCUGCCCCCUACCUGCUCCUGGAGUUGCAGAGGGAGAAGCAGGACUGCGGGUCUUGAAGUUGGCCAGAAGCCAUUCAGUUUCUCUUCUUCCUCCACCAAUCUUGUAUCCUCAGAGCUCAGUGACAAACUAGCCUCCUGAACCUCACAAUCAGAAAGAAAUCUCUCUCGUUUUGGUCUCCGUAUCAUACCUUCAAAAUUCCAUCGAUGGGAAUGGAGGAAGGGGUGUUGAUCGAUCGUGGCCUGCGAUUGAGAACGAUUUCGGAGCUCAGCCAUGAGUUUCACCAAGACAAUCAUAGUCAGGGUCUCGGUGACAAGUCAAGAGCGCAGAUCCCAGCUGGCUAUGGUGGCUACUCGGAUUUCACUGCCAUCAUCAAUCCAGGCAUCCCUCAGAUGGUGGGCGAUAGUUUGGAGCAUCCUCAGAUGCUCAACCCCACAGAGAUCUUCAAUCUCCAAACUGGCAUGGAAUUGCUGAGUUUCCCCGCCAAGAACAACUCCUCCUUGAGGUCUUCUGACGUCUUCAAAGGCUUUCUUGCCGUGAACCAGCCACAGGCCAAGGCUGAACAGGGCUCAUCAUCGAAGCCCUCAACCACCACCACCACCACCACCAACAUAGCCUACCAUCAGCAAGAGCUGCCGGGCAGGUACCAAGAGGACCUGGCAAGAGGAUCAUCGGUCACGUCGUUGGAGCUCACCAACCAGGGCCUCAUCAUCAACGGCCAACCGGACUACCACCACCCAGCACAGCAACGUCAGAGUCGCCAUGGCCUCUCCCUUUCCCUCUCUCCGCACAACCCAUCUGAGCUGAGAGUCCAGUCCUUCGAGUCUGCUGCAGCAGACGACCUCAGGUACGGUCUGGCGUACCGCGGUGCCAUCAGCCGGCCAUCCUUUCCUUCUCAGUACCGUCCCUACGAGCUCAAAAACUCCAAGUACCUCCCAGCCGCGCAGGAGCUUCUGUACGAGUUCUGCAACCUCGGAACCAAGCGCCAACCAUCCUCCAACAUAAAAAAGAACAAGAACCCGUCAAUCGAGGAUUCCACUCCCAUCAAUCCCUCCCUCUACGCCGUUGAUUUCCUCGAGCUCCAGAAGCGUAAAUGCAAGCUGGUAGCCAUGCUGGAAGAGGUAGAUAGGAGAUACAAGCAAUACUGCGAGCAGAUGAGAGGGGUGGUGGCGUCUUUCGAGACAGUGGUCGGGCAGGGGGCUGCAGAUGUCUACUCGUCCUUGGCAUCCAGGGCCAUGUCCAAGCACUUCAGGUGCCUGAGGGACGGCAUAGUGGCGCAGAUCAAGGCUACGAAGAAGGUAUUGGGGGAGAAGGAUGCGAUUGCACCGGGCACCACCAAGGGGGAGACCCCAAGACUGAGGCUUCUCGACCAGAGUCUGAGGCAGCAAAAGGCAUAUCAGAACAUGGGUAUGAUGGAGAACCAUCCAUGGAGGCCUCAGAGAGGGUUGCCUGAACGCUCGGUCUCUAUCCUCCGUGCUUGGCUCUUUGAACACUUCCUCCACCCGUAUCCCAGUGAUGUGGAUAAGCAUAUUUUAGCCAGGCAAACGGGAUUAUCUCGAAGCCAGGUAUCUAAUUGGUUCAUAAACGCUCGGGUCAGGCUUUGGAAGCCGAUGGUGGAGGAAAUGUAUCUCGAGGAAGCCAAAGAGAAGGACAAGGGGAGCAUGUGCCAAGACAAGGAAAGAAACCCGAGCCUGCAGCCGCAGCAAGCGACAGAUGAACCACCCCCACCGACACUCCUACGCGAUUCGGACUCUCUCUCUUCCAUCAUCAAUGGGGACGAAGCCAAGAGAAAGGCCAUCAGCUCAACCACCACCUCCGCCACCACCACCGCCACCGCCGCCAACAUCACUGCCAUUAACAACCUCAAGAGCACCAACGAUGGCGUCACCACCGCCAUUGCUCAAAUGAAGAGCCAGCAGCAACAGGCCUUCGGCGCAGUGGAUUCGUACGAUUUCGUUUCCUCGUACCAGAAUGAUAAUUCUUCCUCUUCUCAACGUCAGUAUGCCAACAACGGCGGGGUGUCCCUCACAUUGGGACUGCACCAGCACAACGCUAACGCUAGUGCCUACCAACACCCUCUCUUCUUCCCCAGGGACGGCAGCCACCUUGAUGAGUGCAACCCUCUUCAUUUCUCGGUUCUAGAUGAUGGUGAAGCCGUUCAGGGGAAUUCGGCCUUUGGCCCUCAGUCCUUGUCCACCUCUUACAGGAGCGGCCAUCUUGUUGGUACUCAACUGCUGCAUGAUUUUGUUGGCUAAGAUCGCAUUACCCGCAAUUGGAAGAAGUCCCAGUAGAGAUAGAUACUAGCUUCUUUAACUGUUACUACUACCAUGUAUAUUUUUUAUAUAAAUAUAGUUUUCUUCCUCAUGGGAGGAGGUAAAAAGAGUAUUGUAGCUGUAUACUAUCCAAUUGAAGCAAGACAUUUUGCUUUGCUUUU